AUGCGUCCAUCGGGCAGUAGAUCUCGUUGGCGCAUUCCGCUGUCUUUGGAGAGGCCGCAAUAUACGCAGUAUGCGUUAGCGGGUGCAAAUUAUCGUGUAGUGCAAGUCUCUCCUAUUGCUGUGGAACUAAACCGUGCAGCUUGGAGCCAAGACGCCUACGAGGCUUUGGCGGCGGGAGCAUGUAAGAACUUCUCUGCCACGUCGGAGGAGAAGACUCGCCGGGAAAGAAGAGGAAGGAAUAGCGACUCUUCGGAGGCUUCCUUCUAUUCGGGCAGCGAAGUGGAAGACGGUGACAGCGACGGCGAAAGCCAGGAGGCUGCGGUUCUCCAGAUGACUCCGGAGGACAUAACGCAAGAGGAGGACGGCCUGGAGGAAGAUUUUGUGGCUGCAUGCGCAGCGAAACAACAGGGAGAGCAGUGGGAAGCUGAAGUUCGUAUACCUGUGCCUCUCUUCCGCCGCCUAAAUCGAAAGGGCACAUCAAAGGGUGCACUUUGGAGGACCUUACAGCUUCUAGGUGCAGAGGCCGGACAUUUUCAGAUUCCUAAAGGGAGAACUGGUGAUGUGGUGUUGCCCCUGCGGUGUUGCACACAGAGAAGGGUUUGCCUUGCUGUGCGGAAGGUCCAACAGCUCGUGGCGUCAAAGCGCAGCUCUCUGCCAGUCACUCAUUUUAUAUCCCUUCCCCUUGCUACUCCUGAGCUCCAGGCUCGGUUUGAGGUGUAUAAACACUUGAUGCUUGCGUCAAAGUAUCCAGGCAUUGACGAGAGCUUCUUCGUCAGCAAACAUAAGCUGCACAUCACUCUUCUUGUCCUCCGGCUGCUGACCCCAGCAGAGAUAAAAGCCGCAGAAGCCGCAGUCAAAGCAGCAGCAGCGGACUUAUAUGACGCAGUCGGCACGAGAACGCUGCUGGUGCACCUCAAGGGGAACAGUUGCUUCUCUGAUGACCCUUCUGCCGUCUCUGUUAUCUUCGCCCCGUUGUACUCAAGUGAAAGUGCUGAGGCUCUGGAAGCCACAAAACGAAUGCUGAACAACAUGGCACGGUUGUUGGCGGAACGCCUGCAGGCAGAGGGACUCUUGUCUCGAGAAGAGCUAGAGGAGCAACACGCUCUCGGUCCUGAGGGGGAGUUCGAUUGCACCUUCCACAUGACAUUGUUGAAGACGCUGUACAAAAGAACCGCGAAAGAGCUGCCUCUGCAGCAGGAGCAGGAACAGCAGUCGCACCUCGCAGCACGGAAACAACCCAAAAGGGCAGUAUUUGACGCUACUCAGCUGCUUCAAGACAUGAGGGGAUUCGACUUUGGCGUAGUUCGCGUUCCCGCAGUGCAGCUUAAUUCUGUGUCCACGCAAGACCAGAACACCUACCACUGCCUGGCCCAAGUGGAUCUGCCGUGA